UGCGCGUGUCUUCAACAUGAUAGAUCCAGACUGGCUACAUGUCAUGGGGUUCAACCUCGACGUCUCUUCAAACUCCCGGCUUGCAUCCUUGUGGAUUAUUGAGCCAUUUGCAAAUAGGUUUCCAUGUUUCCUUCACAGAAUGCCAGCACUACCCCAAGAUUUGGGCGUCAUCACGGCCAACAUCACGAGGAAAACAGCUCGCCCAACGACGAUGAGGAAGGUUCCGACAAUACUGCCGUGCAGCUACACGAUAUAUUAGCUCCAACCCAUUGGGUCGACAAGAACGAACGAGUCGCUUGCGGGGAUUGUGGCCACAAAUUCAACAACUUGUUUCGACGGCGUCACCACUGUCGACUGUGUGGGGAUCUCUUUUGCAAGCAAUGCGUGGUGCAAAAACUGCUUCGCAUUCCACGCCAGGACAAAAUAUUCGUCAAGGUUUGUCGACCUUGUGCCACCGAGGAAACAUGCACCACGAGCUCGUCCUCCUCGGCCAAGAGCCCGCGACACCACGCCAAGGACAGUCGGGUCACAUUGCGAUCGACGUCCCAAAGUGUCAUAUCCAGGUCCUCGCCCAGUCUUGGACAGCAGCAGCCGCAUCCCUUACGCGAACGACGACCCACCGACGGACAGUCGCCUGCAAGAAGCCUCCAUUCCCCCCUUGGAAACGACGUGGACAGAGUGGCGGUCCUUCGCGGCUACAGCAUUGACUACGAUGCGACACCACACGUCCACCUGACCCAGUUGUGCGACGAAGCUGCAGAUAGAAUCCGAUGUCCCAUCGCCGCCAUUGGCUUUAUGGAGGCGGACACGCAGCACCUGCAUGCGUCCGUGGGGCUGUACCUGAGCAUGAUGCCGCGAAGCAUGGCGUGGAUGUGCGACGCCGUGGUGGCCACGAACCGACCGCUCAUCGUGCUCGACGCCAUGCAAGACAGUCGGUACCGUCACUCCCCCUUGGUGCGCAACCACCACGUCCGGUUUUACGCAGCUGUGCCCGUCGCCACCUCGAACGGGUGGGUGCUUGGGACGUUGGCGGUGAUGGACACGACGCCGCGGGAGUAUGUCGAUAUCGAGCCGUUGGUGGCACUGGCCGGCUCCAUCAUGACGUUUCUGCGCAAAGCCAAGGCCAAGGCACGCAAGAGGCGCACGCUGUCGUUCGACAGUGCCGUGAAUGCGGCGCCAGGUGGACUACGAUCUCGAGAAGCAAACUCCGAGAGCAUGAUCAUGACGCUGGUCUCCAACACUGCGCAAACACAAGUGACGUUGGCCGAGCAACAAGGCGCACUGGCGUCGGCGUUGGGCGACCACACGGACAAGAUUAGUCGGCUUGUCCAAGCGAUUGCGAGAAUGGAAUCCAAGCUGGGCCGCAACGACGUACAAGUAGACGACGACGGAACCAAACUCAACCAUGUAUAGCCGCCAGCCAUCAAUAACCAUAAUGCCAACGGUGCAUUGCGUCAGGA